CCAGCGACUUCUCAUUUUCCGUACAGUCCUUUCACAAUUGAAUCAUCUUUCUCCCCCCGCCGAAGUUUUAGAGCAUGAUGACGACCACUUGAUUCCAUUUUCCCAUGAAGGCGCAAACGGUUCCCAUCACCGUAGACGAAAACACUUUUUGAUCCUUAUCGGCAGCUACUAAAGAUGAUAUCGUUCUUUGAAGUAGAUUUUCGAAGCUUGUUUUUUCAGUAGAAAGUUUACGAGAAUUUUCAUUGCUCAAGCAAGAGAAAUCCAAAUCCUAUCAUGACCGCCGCUGAGGGUGCUGCCGCCCCGGCGGCGCCGGCAAAGAAGCCGGAAACUGCUUUGCAGAAGGAGACACGGCUGACCGCAAAUCAGGAUCUCGUUCGGUUUGUGGACGCCGAGCUGGCGAACUUGUAUCAGAAUCUGCCCCAGGUUUCCGGUGGCGUGCUUGGGCGGAAAAUAAUAUCUCGAUGGUGCCAAUCGAAGACGGUAAAGGACUUCCAGCGGAAGAUCGGAGACUACUGCGGCCAGGGCAACGAUUUUUCCGCUUUGGCGCUUUUCUCGUCGAUCGAGAACCGAGUGAAGGCUAUUGACGCCGAGCGAGAAAACCAAAAGAGCGGCGGAGGCAACACCGACGUGCUGGAAGGCAACGAACACAAGAAGCUGUUCGGCGGGUUGCAGAAACGAAAACUAAAGCAAGACACCCCCGCCGCGGCAGGAGCCGGACCCAAUGGCACCACAUCAAGUGCAGCGGACGGCGGACCUAACCGGGACCACGUGUUCGUCCAAAAGGGGUCCACGCUCGGGCUGGACCAGCUUGCACGGCAGAAGCGAGAGAGGGAGGUAUUCUGAGUAAAAACGUCCCCACCCCAGAGUUGUGAUGCAGAUCUGCAAGCACAAGAGCGUUUGUAAUGCGCGAUCCCAUGAGGGGCAUUAUCGAUCGUGUUUUGGAACUUGCAAUGCUGUAAACAGCAUAAGGAGAUCGAUUUGUUAUGCGGCUUCCCUUGCUAAACUGCACUACACUACAGCCUGCAAUUUGUCAUGCGUGGUUCCCAAAACUUCAAGGUUUGUGUUGCAAAAUCCCCAUCUUGAGUCUGGGGUGAGGACGUCUUUACAUAGGAUAGGAGGCAGAGGUGGCUGCGAAGGACGUGAAAAACAUGUUCGCCAACGUGGUCGGUCUGGAGAAGGUAUCAACUGUAAAAAUGUCUGGGUCUGGAACAUUCCGACACGUGUCAUGCACGUUUUGCAUGAGCCCUGAUGUCUGUGAUGCAUGCCCUAGCAUCACAGAUUUUUUCGGAGCUUCUUGAUGCAUAUUCCGCGUGACAAAUGCCCUCUCCGCGUAGCAAAAAUUACAUUCCUUUUGGUACUCAUGCAAUACAGAUUUUUCUGGAAUCCAAAUGCAGCAUGACAAGUUCCAACCCUUCCAGACCCAGACAUUUUUACAUUUGAUAGAAGGACGACGAGGAAGAGGACGAACUGGGUCCGAAUUUAAAACUGAAAAAAAAGGCGGCGCUCCCGGGCUACAACAACGCGAACAAGUCCUCGACGAAGUCCGCGACCAGCACAGGAACUUCCACCGCUGGUCCGCCACACAACAAGAACCUCAACGAGGAGGCGGGCGGGAGCGCGGCCUCUACCUCGGGGCGCGACAUCGACCGGUUUCUGAGCAAGCAGGAGCGCGAGAAGGGCAUCAGUGCGCGGGUGGACCUGAUGACCGCGGGGAACGAGCAGGACGACGACGAGCUGUUCCCCGGCCAGGCCUCGGGGCGCCUGGACUCGUUCGACAAGGCGAAGAAGGACAAGAACAGCCGCGGGGAGCGGGUGGGCGGCGGCAUCCGGGCCUUCCGCGGCAUGCAGACCGGGCAGGACGCGAAGAAGGAGGCGCCGGUACUGAUGCGCGGCGACAGCAGCGACGAGGACAACGACAACGACAUCGACAAAUUCAAAAACGACCCGCGGUACCGGGACCUGGACUACGACUGGAACGCCGGGGUGGAGCGCGACGAGAAGAAUUUCUACCGGCUGCAGGCCGACAUCGUGAAGAACACGGGCGACGAGUUCAACGAGUCGCGGCUGAUGCACGAGAUCGAGAUGGACGAGUACGACGAGCAGGCGCUGGACCGCGACUGGUACGACAUGGACGACAACGGCGGGUCCGGCAACUUGCAGAACACGUACGGCGCCCAGCUCAGCGCCAACGAGCUGUUCGAGAAGGAAAUGCAGAAGAAGGAGGAGUUCAAGCAGAUGCAGAGCAAAAAGCAGUCGCUGAUGGAGAAGGAGCGCAACGCCGCGAUGGAGGAGUGGGAGAAGGCGUUGAUGCGGCAGGCGGGCGUCAAGGGCCAGCACCGCGAGAUCGACGUAGACAAGUUCCACGAGGAGAACUACGCGGCCGGCAGUCGGCAGCACAUUUUGGUGCGCGAAACCGUGCCGCCCUUCCUCGACGGGCGCAUCAGUUACACCACGCAGGCGGAGAUGGUCUCGGUGGUGAAAGAUCCCACCUCCGACAUGGCGAAGCUCGCCAAGAGCGGCUGCGCGAGCCUGAAGCUGCUCCGCGACCAGGAGGGGAAAGACAAAAUGAAGGACCGGUUUUGGGAGGCAAACAACAAGAACACCGCGAUGGGCGCGUUGGUCACGGCCGAGACGCACGCGGGCACGGCCAACAUUGAGACCAACGAGGAGGAGCAGAACAAAGCGGUGGUGGAGGAGGCGGACGAGGACCGGCUCGACUACAAGAAGGAGAACCAGUUCGCGGACGCGAUGAACGCGAUCAAGCAGGAAGCGCAAACCGAGUUCGGGAAGAACCGCACGCUGCAGGAGGUCCGCGAGGCGCUGCCGGUCUUCUCCGUGCGGGACGAGUUUCUGAGUCUGCUGCGCGAGCACCAGAUCGUGAUUGCCGUGGGGGAGACCGGGAGCGGCAAGACGACGCAGCUCACGCAGUACCUGUACGAGGCCGGCUUCUGCUCCGAGGGCGGGCUGAUCGGCUGCACGCAGCCGCGGCGGAUGGCCGCGAUGAGCGUGGCGAAGCGCGUGUCGGAGGAGAAGGAGGUCGAGCUCGGCGGUUUGGUCGGGUACAGCAUUCGGUUCGAGGACUGCACUUCGGAGGACACCCGGAUCAAGUACAUGACGGACGGGGUGCUGUUGCGCGAGACGCUGAACGACUGCGACCUGGAAAAGUACGCGGCGGUGAUUAUGGACGAGGCGCACGAGCGGUCCCUGAACACCGACGUUUUGUUUGGGAUUUUGAAGGAGGCCGCCUCGCGCCGGCGGGACUUCCGCCUGAUCGUGACCUCCGCAACGAUGGACUCGGCGCGGUUCGCGCAGUACUUCGGCGGGGUGCCCGUGUUCCACAUUCCGGGGCGCACCUUCCCGGUGGACACGCUGUUCGCAAAGGGUGCCGCGCAGGACUACGUGGAUGCUGCCGUGCAGCAGGCCCUGGAGAUCCACGUGCAGCAGGACCGCGGCGACAUUCUGAUCUUCAUGACCGGGCAAGAGGACAUCGACGCGACGUGUCUAUUGCUCGCGGACCGCAUGCAAGAGAUCCCGAACAUCAAGCCGCUGAACAUCCUGCCCGUCUACUCCACCAUGCCCUCGGACCUCCAGGCAAAGAUCUUCCAGCCGUCGCCCCACCGCAAGGCGAUCGUGGCGACGAACAUCGCGGAAACCAGUUUGACCGUGGACGGGGUGAAGUUCGUCGUGGACAGCGGGUUCUGCAAGCUGAAGGUGUACGACCCGAAGAUCGGUAUGGACUCGCUGCAGGUGACCCCGAUCUCCCAGGCCAACGCGAACCAGCGCCGGGGGCGCGCGGGCCGGACGGAGGCGGGCAUGUGCUGGCGGUUAUACACGGAGCGUGCGUUCGUCGCGGAGAUGUACGAGAUGUCGAUCCCGGAGAUCCAGCGCACGAAUCUGUCCCAGGUGGUGCUGCUGCUGAAGUCGCUGGGCGUGGAAAACUUGCUGGACUUUCAGUUUCUCGAUCCGCCACCGCAGGACACCAUCAUAAACUCCAUGUACCAGCUGUGGAUGCUCGGCGCUUUGGACAACCUGGGGUAUUUAACCGACAUUGGGCGCAAGAUGUCCGACUUCCCGGUCGACCCGCCGCUCGCCAAAAUGCUGCUGCAGGGCGCCGAGCUGCAGUGCCUCCAGGAGGUGAUGAUCGUGAUCAGCAUGCUGCAGACGCCCAACAUCUUCUACCGCCCCAAGGAGCAGGCGGAAAAAUCGGACGCGCAGAAGGAGAAGUUCCAGGUGCCGGAGUCGGACCACCUGACGCUGCUGAACGUGUACCAGCAGUGGCGGCGGCACGGCUACAACGCGAGCUGGUGCAACACGCACUUCAUUCAGCCAAAGUGCAUGAAGAAGGUGCGCGAGACGUUUAUGCAGCUGGAGGACCUGGUGAAUCAGCAGAAACUGCUGAACACGAGCUGCGGCACGGAUUGGGACACGGUCCGGAAGUGCAUCACCUCCGGCUACUUCCACAACGCCGCCAAAAUGCGCGGGGUGGGGGAGUACAUCAACCUGCGGACCUCCGUGCCGUGCCACCUGCACCCGACGUCGGCGCUGUACGGCAUGGGGUUCACGCCCGACUACGUGGUGUACCACGAGGUCGUCUUGACGACCAAGGAGUACAUGAACUACGUGUCCGCGGUGGAGCCGGUCUGGCUCGCGGAGAUGGGCCCCAUGUUUUUCUCGGUGCGCGAAACCGGCACGGACUACAACGCCAUGCGCCGGCAGGACAUGGAGAACCAGCGCAAGAUGGAGUACGAAGCCAAGCUGGACAAGGACCGGCUGGCGGCGCUGAAGAAACAGGAGCAGGAUUCGCUCGCUGCGACCCGGGCCGCGAAGCAGACGGUGGCGGGCGUGGGAAUAAAACGCUCAACCUUGGUCAAGGCCAUGAACAGCAACAAUAACACGUCGCCGGUGAAGCCCAAGCGAAGUCAGGACGAGGAGGAAGAAGUAGGUGGAAAUAAAAUUAGUACCAUCCCCGGGGAGGAGAUCGAUGACGGGCAUGGGAACCGACAGACAACGAUGAAAAGCGACCUAGGGGGCAGCAUGACGUCGGGCGUGUUCUUGAUGCCUACGAAAAACCAAGUACGCGGGAAGGCCAUCGAAGAAGUCGAAGACGACGUUUUUCACAGCUCGCGAAGAGCGCAACAGGGCCAGACGCAGGGUCGGAAGAAAAAGCGAAAAAUGGUCAUAGACGAAACCGUCAAGUCAAACGACUGACCACAGAGUUUCCCAUUUGCAGCUUGUUCAACAUUGUCUCUGUCAAAGUAGCGCGGGCUCUAACGGCACAUCCACAUGAUAUGAAAUAAAAUUACCACAAAGCGAAUCGAAACGAAAAAGCGACAGGA